ACAGCUCUUCGGACGUGGCUCCCCGGAAGAAAAUCCAGUUCCCUCAAUAUUUCCCACAAAUGAAUUUAAUAUAAAUAAUACGAUUUUACAAUAAAUAAAAUCAGUAAUUAGAUACUUACUCUAAUCUAAAACCCUUCCUCUCAAGAAUUUAAAUUGAAAAAUAUCUCAUUCUUUUCCGAUCUGCAGUUUUCUCCGAUCAACAAUUCGAUAAGAAGAGCAAGAAGAAGCGGUCUCGUCGAUUCCUUUCCUCUUAUAACAAGAAGGGUCUCUGAUUUUCUGGUUAAAGUUUUGAUAAAGGGUAAGAGAGAGAGGCAAUGAAGAAUAUUGAGCGUAUUGCAAAUGUUGCUUUAGCAGGCAAAUCUGGAUUGAGUCUCGCUCAUGGAGGCAGAGUACAUGCGCUUGCGCGCUACGGCUUAUGCAGUUGAUCGGAUCAGAUAGCCUUUCAGGCAGAUACAGGGCACAUCAGGGACUCCCCCUCGCCUUGGAACCGCCUUAGUCCUUUUCUGAAAAUUUUUUGCCUAGAGAUUGAUGCUAUUGUGUUGCUAUCAUGUUUCAGGGUUUUAAAAGUGUUUUCAGCAAGAGCCUAUUCUAGCUUGGAUUCUUUUAUUUCAUCUUUGUCUUAUUUAUCUUUCUUUGAUGAUGAAAACAAAUGGUUCUUUGUUCAACUUUUCCAAUUUUUUUCUAGCCUGUGCUGCUAGAGCUUUGAUGCUGUACUGUAAAUUGAAUUUAUACAACAUUUUUUUCUUCUGCCGUUAUUCUUGAUUAGAUGAGACUCCAUCCAGCUCCCAAUUCCAUGCCUCUAUUUAGAGGAUCUUUCAUUGAGUUUCUCUAAUUUUUUUGGGCCAAUCAUAAAACAAAAUUCUUUUCCAACUUUUCUUGAUGAUCAUCUUCUAUUGUGUAAAUUCAAUUCUUUUAAAACAUCACUGUUUAUUUGUUAAGAAAUUUCUUUUCUGUUCCUGUUAAUACCAGCACAUUGUAGUAAUUCAGCUUUUUGAUGUGUAUAAUAUAGCAUACUCUAAUUGAAGUCCACAUAAUAUGUUUGUUGGAUCCUUGACGCAUUACUAAGUUUAUGAGAUUUUGCAAGAACCAACCUUAAUCUUUAAUUACUUUGUCAUUCCUGCAGGCCUGACUUUUGCCCCACUAAUUCUGAAGGUAGACCCAAAUUUAAAUGUCAUUUUGACAGCUUGCCUUACGGUUUUUGUUGGUUGUUACCGUUCUGUUAAGCCAACACCUCCAUCAGAAACAAUGUCCAAUGAACAUGCCAUGCGAUUUCCCUUGGUUGGAAGUGCAAUGCUGUUAUCACUGUUCUUGCUUUUUAAGUUCCUUUCGAAGGACUUGGUUAAUGCUGUGUUGACAUGCUACUUUUUUGUUCUUGGGAUCGUUGCUCUUUCUGCAACCUUGCUGCCUGCAAUCAAACGCUUUUUGCCUAAGCAUUGGAACGAAGAUGUAAUUAUCUGGCGUUUUCCCUAUAUUCGCUCUUUGGAGGUUGAGUUCACAAGGUCUCAGGUUGUUGCUGCAAUUCCUGGAACCUUCUUUUGUGCAUGGUAUGCUGCACAGAAGCAUUGGCUGGCCAAUAACAUAUUGGGGCUUGCAUUCUGCAUUCAGGGAAUCGAAAUGCUUUCACUUGGUUCAUUCAAGACUGGAGCUAUUCUUUUGGCUGGACUUUUUGUAUAUGACAUUUUCUGGGUCUUUUUUACCCCAGUAAUGGUUAGUGUUGCUAAAUCUUUUGAUGCUCCUAUCAAGCUUUUGUUCCCAACGGCUGACUCUGCACGUCCGUUUUCAAUGCUGGGUCUUGGGGAUAUAGUAAUUCCUGGGAUUUUUGUGGCACUGGCAUUGCGCUUUGAUGUUUCUCGGGGGAAGCAGAACCAAUAUUUCAAGAGUGCUUUUGUAGGAUACUCUGUUGGUUUGAUCCUGACAAUAAUUGUCAUGAACUGGUUUCAAGCUGCACAGCCUGCACUCUUGUAUAUUGUACCGGCUGUUAUCGGAUUUUUGGCUGUGCACGUCAUUUGGAAUGGGGAAGUGAAACCAUUGUUGGAGUUCGAUGAGUCUAAAGCUACCAGUUCUAAGGAAGAUGAUAGCAAAUCAAGCAAGAAAGUAGAGUAGGUGACGGCACUACCUUGGGAAGAAACGUUCACCGGAAAAUUUGGCAGAGACCCUUGAUGCUUUAAUGCUGGAUUAACACUAAUGCACCCUGGCAUAUUGUUGUACCAGAUUUGGUGACUUAGCAUUUAAUUUUAUUAGUCUUUCUAGGAUAUUUUAUAAAAUUAUGGAAAUUUUAUAGAAAAAUAUGCAGCAAGCCUCAAAUUCCUCAUAGCUUCAUCUUUCUUUUUCCCCUUUCUGUCAGUUCAAGGAAUAUGAUUCAAAAUAGUCAGGAUACUUCAAGCUCCAUUCCUUCUCUCUUGACUGCACGCUCUUAACUGUUUUAGCCUUUGCUAUUGUU